GUGUAUGAUUAAAAAUGAUAAUUCGCAUUGUCAAGACCAUAUAGGCACUUGAUAAGAAAGUGACAUACAGGAUAAAAAUAACAGGUGAAUUAUGCUAAAGAAAAACACGGAAAGGUGUUUUGCAAAGGGAAUAUAGUGAUUGUUCAAUCAAUACCUGUAGUAUUUAUAGCGAUGACGUAAAUAUAUUAGGUAUCACAUUAUAUACGUGAAGUGACAGCCAGACAGCAAAGCGGAGAGCUGAUGUACUGGUAGGCUAUCGUUGACUUAAAAAUACACAAAAAUAUAAUAAGAGAGUUUAAAGGGUUAAAAAAUGUCACAAAAGAGCUGAUUGAAUGUCAAGAAAAAGAUGCGCAAAAGAAUAUUGCGCAACUGGGGAUUUCCACUGUUCAUUCAUAGCGACGAUUUAAAGGGGGAUAUUUUAUUGCGCAGUUUGUCUGAGAUGACAACCAGACAGACAUGAAAAGAUCUCUUGCAAAUGUCAGCGACAUUUUAGAAAUACCACCGUGAACAGUUCUGAGAGAUACUAGAGUGGGACGCAUUUCCUACUAGCAAUGCUGUUGUCUAACACAGAGAAAUCCAUCGGUCGUUUUCGGCAAAGCUCGACUGUGAUGGAAUAUUCAAAGCCUCAAUUUCGGCACAAUGAGCUGAUAGUCGAUUUGGACGACAGCAUCACACCGUCUGUGUUAGGAAAGUUGAAACAACUGUCAAAAGGUGUUUAUUUAAAGCCGAAAGAACUCGAGUUUUGCGACACCCGUGGCUUCCUUAAUGCUCUAGAAGAUAAAUGUUAUAUAGGCGUUGGGCGCUAUGAUAAUCUUAAGGAACUGUUGAAAAAAGCUGGGGUUGCAAGACUUGUCCAAGAUGUUGAAAAAGCUGAGGAUGACAUAAAGGAAAUGGAGAGGACAGUCUUUCACGAUGAUCCUGCCCAUGUGAAAGCCUUCAAAGUGCAUUACGAUGAUAUCUGCGCAACACUCCGGAAAGGUUCAACAUUUGCUGAUGUUACAGAAAUUCUUAAACGUCAAAAAAUCCUAGGCAGACAGCAUCAAAUAGUGGGUCCUACUCCUCUGGCAGCGCGGGAACUGUUGAAUAUUGUCAUGGAUAAAAGAAACAAGGGUUUAAGAGCAAUGAGAGUCUUGGCUUGUGCACUAUGGGAUGCAGGUCACCUGAAGUUGGCAUGUGAUAUACUGACUACACAGUACUCAUGGGAAAGAGGAGCAGGCCGUGAUGUUCGGAUCCCUAGCAGUAAGAGGCAAAUACUAAGUGGAUACUUACAGAUAACCGAAAACCUCUCAGAACCAGACCUUGAUCGUGUGCUUGACCAUCUCGUCAGUCAAGGCAAGGUCAGUGAGGAUGAAAGAGCCACCAUACUUCAGCAGCCAUCGAGAAUGGAGAAAGUACAGGAGAUGCUGGACACUGUACUCUCAGUGGACAGGGAGGGAGCUGGGUGGGCUCUUAUGGAUGGCUUGGCACAUGCAGGGCAGCAUGGCCUGGCAAGUGUGAUGAUGUCUUGGACAAUUAGUUGGAUGGAACUGGAAUUGCUUCUUGUUGGAAAGUACAAGACCAAAAUAUUGAGUAGCAGCUCCCUGAAUAGAGACAAUGACCUGGAUGUGAGGAGAGGACAGCAACUGCCACGUAUGGCAGCUGGUGAGCGUGUAACAUCCUGGAAUGUGAGUGACUCCGGACAUGGUGAACUUACAAAGACGGCAAUCUGUGGCCAGUGGGCUUUCUCCAGUGAUGAACCUGGACAGAGGGAAUGGAGAGGCCACAAGGCAGUCAUAGACGUGGAAACAGUGGAAGAGGUUUUAGGAGACCAUGCUAGGAAGGGAAAGCAAACAGCACAGGAGACUUUGGCCAGCAUACCAGAUCUUCCAGAGAGCAGCUUAUUCAUACUCAAUGCCAUGAAACGUCCUGAUCUGAAAAAAAAGUGGAAGUGCUUGCUGUCUGGCGAAUGUUUUCCAGGCGCUAAGGUUCUCCUUUUUGAGGGCAGUGAUGGGAAGGCUGUACCACUGGGUGCAGUAAAAAGAAAUGUUAAACAAGGUUGUAAUUUAGCGGAAUUGCAGUGGUCUCAUCUGGGAAAGAUUCUGAGUGACUGUUACAGAGACAAACUGCGCAAUAUCAGCAUCAGCGAUGGACUCACAGAUUUGGUGUCAAGAAAACGACGUAUGUCUACCAGAUCACAGGCAACAACUCUGCCACGCAUGCGCCUUGACGAACGUGUGUUCUCCUGGGAGGCAAUGGAUUCCGAACAUGGUGAACUGUUGAAGACCGUGAUCUGUUGGCAGUGGGCUAACUCCAGCAAUGAACCUGGACAGAGGGAAUGGGGAGGACACAAGGCAGUCAUCGACUUGGAAAUAUUGGAUGAUAUUUCAGGGGAGUCAAAGGAGACGGUACUUAAAGUCUUGGAUGUCAUACCAGAUGAAACGUUAUUCAUCCUCAACACGAUGACACACCAGGAUCUGAAAACCAAAUGGAGUCUACUGCUGUCAGGCAAACUUCUUCCUGACGCUAAGGUUCUACUUAUUGAGGAACGUGAUGGCGAAGGAAUGUCGCGUGAUAGAGUGAAGAGAAAACAGGAUUCCACAGAAACUAGUGGGGAACCAACAGGAGACCGCAGUGCAAAGAAGCAACGGAGCACCAUUUUAUAGACGAAGACACAGAGGGUCGGCAUUUCAAAGUGGAAGUGAUGCACCAUUUUAUAGAGAAUUAAAAGUAUUUUACCAUCUUGGGUCAAGAAAAGGAAUAUGAGGAAAAAAGAUAUGGUCAUAUAUAUAUAUAUAUAUAUAUAUAUAUAUAUAUUAGUUAAGAUCUCGAAUAAGAACUACCAGCAAUGUCCCAUCGAGGCCAAAAAUCGGUCGCGUGCGGACGGCACGUACAUGUACAAUAAUUGGCUGCGUGAUUGUAAAAAGUCUGUAACGUUUUUUUUUUUUUUACAGCAAGACCAGGCGCAGCUUAUUUUGAUUAAUUUUCUGGUGCAGUUCAUAAGCAUGCUUUUGCUUUUUUUCGGUAGUUUAUUCAACCUAAUCAUACCGGCAUGUUUUGCAUCAGAUUCCUAACAAACGUUAUAUUAAUCUCGUUUAGACGUUAGAAAGUGCCAAGUGGGUGUUUUCCGUAUGACUUGUUGUCGAUACAACAUAUAUGCACGUGUACCAUAUAUAUGAACGUGUACCACUAAAUAGAUUUUCAAAUAUUAUUAUCGUCAAAACAUACUAUGUCACUUUUUUCUGAAAAAAAGAAAAGAAACAGCGAUAAAUAUUUUAACCCCUUUCCGGCAUGUACAUGUACCUCAAUAUGCACAAGCACGGAAAAAGAACAUGUUUAGAGCGACCCUUACCAAACUUCACUUUUUCUUAACUGCAGCAUGAGGAGUAUAGAGCACAUUAUUCAUCAUCAGAUUUUAUGGAGAAAAGGUGUAAUUCCCACUUACUGGUAAGUCUAGAUAAGAUUUACCCGUGUGCUAUUGCUAGGAUUCAACCGGUGUAUUGACACAUGUAUAUCAGAAUAUUUCCGUUUUCAGUUCCCCCCCCCCCUUUUUUUUUUUUUUUUUUUUUUUUUUUGUAUAAUGAGGUAUCCAAAUAAAUUUAUCAAUUAUUCUUAACAUGUGUGAUAAUGAAAAUGCUAGGCCGUUAUAUCUUAAUUAAUAGGAAAGGCGAAGGAUACUGAAUAUUUGACAUUUCCUUACUUGAGGGAAAUCUGUUACAAACGUUUUUUGACAAAUGUUUAUGUUGACUAUACAUGUAUAUUUAAACUUAGUAAGAUUAUUAAAUUGCAGUUUCAUGAAGGUUGCUUGUGACGUCAUGAGCAUCCUGUUCAAUCGACAAAAAGACCCCAGUUGUCAUAAAGGAACACAAUCCCACGGGAAAUAUUGGGUUUGAAUUAUUGAAACUUUUUAUAGCUCAGACAUCGACAACUCAUUUGUCUAUCAUGGAACAUGUAUUUUAUGUAUAUAUAUUCUAACAUCAGCUCAAAUGAAAUACAUCUAAUACAUUUAAAAAGGGUGAAAUAACUAGCUUAAGAACAGUAUUUCCUCCACUGUCCCGCUAUAUAGUGACGCAUGCGCAACCUUAUUAUACAGCUUUAUUAGUUACAUGUACGAUUGUAUGUGUCCUUCAUAGCGGGAUUUAAGAUGAAAUGACAUGUAUAUCUAUAUAUAUAAAGUAGAUUUCUGUAAAAAGAAAAAGAAAAAAGAAUGCGUUUGACUGUUGGCAUUUAUACCUGUGCAUGAGUAGCUGUUUCUAAUGAAUGGAGCUUUGAAAAAUAGAAAAAAACUUCGUUCAUUCUUUUGGCAGGAAGUUUGAAGACAAUAAAAUCUGCUAAAAAUGCAGAUAAAUUUGCAUUUGAACCUGCUUUGAUUGCGCUUAGGGGGCUUUUGGCUUUGUUCGAAAUCCAUCUCAAGUUUUUCCAUUCAUUUUGAGAACUGUAUCAAAAUGAAUUUGCAAUGUGAUUGUAAAAUUCUUUCGACAAAAUUCAUCACAUUCUCUUGGCAUUGUUCGUACAAUGACAAUAUCAAUGAGAGCAAAAACUUCAACUUAAAGGGAAACAAUGAGCGUUAGACCUUAAUAUAGAAAAAUGCGAAGUUCAUUCGUGCAUUUUCUCCUUAAUCAUCAUUAAGGUACAUCCUAUUCAAAACAAGGACACUGGAACCCAGAAACCUUUUGUUUUAAGUAUUUAAAGAAAAGGUUUUGUUUAAAAAUUAAACUCCUUUUUUCAAUAUUUUUUGGAUGAGGCAUUAAGGAGAAAUUGUUUGUAGUAACAUAAAAAAUAGCUUGCUGGCACGGGCUAUCCCGUAGACUUUUAUUUCUAUAGAAUACGAUCAAUGACCUUAAAAAGUUGUGAUAGGACUAAUAUUGAACACACGUCUUUAUUUUCUAUUUAUUUUAUUUAUUUAUUUGUAUUUUUAGCAAAAUUGCUGUGGUCUCUCCUGAAAAAGAUUCUAAGUGAGUGUUACAGAGCCAAACUGCUCAAUAUCAGCAUCAACGAUGUACUCGCUGAUCUGGUGUCGAGAAAACGACGUACAUGUAUGUCAACCAGGGUCCCGCAACUCGAAAGCAUCGCGUAUUGCGAAUAGCGAUAUCACACAGAG